AUGGUUCCUUCUUACUCUCAUCAGUUACAUCAAAACAGAUUCGAUCAAGUAGAUUGGUUGAAAAAUAAAUCAAUCCUUUUGAUUGGUGAUUCGAUUGAUCGAAACUUGGUCAUUCAUUUUGCUCGACGUGCUUUGAAAGGUACCAAAGGUUUUCAUCAGUUUUGGAAAGCUUCAGAUCAAAUCAAUGUACCGGUCACUAAAUUAGAAUCACAUCAGAUUGGAAUUUCAUAUUUACCUGAAUUGAAUUUUACAGUCUAUAAUUGGUUUUUAAUGGGUUGUAUGGUUCAAGAAGAAGUUCCAUUCUUUCAUCCACGUGAAGAUUUACCUCAAGAUUAUCAAUCUAAAUUAAAUCGAUUUUAUUUACCUUUGAUUUCGAAAAAGGUUUUACCUUUACCUGAUCUAGUAAUCUUUAAUAGUGGGUUUUGGGAUUUAGAUUAUUUAGCUAGAUCUCGUGCUGUUCAAUAUCCAUUACCGAUUUCAAGUAUUUCCAAAACUUUGGAAAACGAACCUAAAGAUACGGAAAAUGAUUUAGGUGAUGGGAAUCCAUUAAGUUUAAAUGAAUUAUCUGUUCAUCGAUCUAGAUUUAAAUCAUUUAUAAACUCAUUAAAAUCAUCAUUAGAUGAACUUCAAAAGGAUUUAAAUCAAUCUAAAUCUAUUCGAUAUAUGUAUAGAUCUAUGCAACUUGGUAAUGCGACUGAUCGCAAUGCGUUUUCUCCUACAAGAGUUAAACAGAUUGAUUCUUCUAAUUUGGCUUUGGUUAAGGAAAUGAAGAUUAAGGUUCUGGAUUGGGGUAAGAUGACGGUCGGACUUGAUAGACAACUUACGGAUCCUCCAAUCGAUUUGGAUGGAAACUUAUGA